CCUGGCUCAAGCAGGUCUCUGUGAACAGCUCCUGCAGCACAAUGCUGCCCUGUAACGAUACUACUAUGUUCGAGUCAGCAUGGUCUCGCUGUACCUCGGGCGAGGGGAAUUAUGAGCCGGCUGUGACUCAGGCUGCUUUCUCCUGUGUCAGUGGCAAGCAUGGUCGAGCUGCGGCGUCUUCGAGUGGGAGAGAAACUUCGACCUCGAUUUUAUUUCCCCGCCCCCCGCAAGGGUUGACGAGCAAGUUGUUGUCCGACUCCGCGUCUGCAGCCAAAAGAAGCAGGAAUAAAGAUGAAAAAAGCGCUGACCGACAGCGAGAGAAGAACCUGGGGCCCCGGCUAGGACUGGCAGGACAACACGGCGCGCCCGACGACGACGAUGGAGACAUGGAACUCGUAGCUGCAACUAUCGCGGCGCUUUCCCUCAAAAAACCCACCCCUCCGACCUCCGACACGCCUUCGUCCUUCGAACCGUACGAAACCGACAGCCUGCUGGACAGAGGUGGUGCCACAAUUCACUCGUCCGCUAGCACCCCUGGAAGUACGUCAGCCACUUCAUCUGGCGCUGGCCGAGCAGGCGGACGCGCUCAUCAUUUUCCUUUUCUCCCCACAUCCGCGCCACAGGAGCAGUUCCUCGCCCCAUCGACGCUAGUGUCCCGGCAGGAUGAGCAGGAACAGUACGGGCACUUGUUGUCAGCUUUGCGGCACACUGCGUUACGAAACGAGACGAUCGUGGAACUCAGGGCCGCGGGCGCCGGCUCGAGUAGUAUAGAUGAGGCAAGGCGAAGAAUCAGUAGAACCAGUGCCCGCACUUCUGUUUCGCCCAGUCAGACGGACGUAGAGGACGGCUUGCAGCUACCUCGCUCCAGUGCGGAUCACUGGCAGCGGCCUGCUCGGCUCCAGGCUUCUCGAUCGGAGCAGCCGGGAACAAAAGAAAAGGAGAAGCGACAGCGUGCAAGCCCCGGGGGAUCUGCCCGGCCCGGGCACUCGACCGGCUUGUUGGAUCAGAGAGACUGGGAAAUGACGGAGAAAUCGUCCUCCAGUGCGCAGGAUGAACAGGGACACAACCAGAUGGACCACCAUCAGCAGUUUUUACUGUCUACAGCAGUUGUUGCUGCCUUCGGUGGGCGACCGGGCUUGCUUGCCUCUUCCAGGUCCGCGGCCGGAGAAAGUUCGCUGCCGCAACAAGAGGAGCGUGACGGACACGAGGCCACGAGUUUUAUGGCGAGGCAGCUACACGUCCGUCCGCCUCCGCGAUCCUGGUCGCGCCAGCACCAGCAGGAAGAAGCGGGAGCGAGUACCGCUAGCACUCGUCCAGGGCGGUGGUACGAGCAGCAGCGCACGGGGGCUAGGGGCAGUGGCGUAUUUGAUGGCAGGGGUGCAGCGCUUGGGCCUGAAUACCGCACGAGGACCCCCUCGCCAGCGGGCGCCUUUUCGGUACGUAGCUGGAGUUCGAACAGCAGCCAGUCGCUCGGGGAAGAGGGUAGCAGCUGCUACGUACAUUAUAUAUGCCUAUAGAAAGACAAAAAUAUUGUUUAACGCUAAAAAAUUUUUCUUGAUCGACGUGCAUUAGUUCAAGAACUAGGAGUAAAAUAGAAAGAUUAUUUCUUCUAUAAUUUUUUUCCACAACUUUGAUUUUUUUUCCCCGCAGGAAGUCCGGAAGCGGAACCCCAGGAGGACAGUACUAGCACGCGAGUGGACACCUUCGAUUCCCUUCCCGACUGCGAUGUUGACGGGGUGGAGGGCCCAGCGCAGCAGAGGCUGCCGCUGCCUGGGGACGACAGCAACGAUACUGCGAACCCUUCAGCAGCAGGCGGCUUUCCCGUCGGAGCGACUACACCGGGAGCAGCUGCACCUUUGACGACGCCAGGAGUGCCAGCACCUCCACAGGCACCCUGUCCGGAGGACGACCAGGCGAUGUUCUGA